CUCUUUUGCAGACUUUAAUUAUCCCUGUCCUGUGUCUUGUUUUCAUCUAUCUCUGUUAAAAUAAAUCUCUAUCCGCCAGGUCCUUACCCUCUCCUACUCCCAGUCUGCCGUCUCCCCUCCCCCACUUUCAGCUAUCUACCUUCCUCCAGUGGCGCAAGAUGAAGCUCACAUUCAGAGAUUUGAAACAACAAAAAUUCGUGAUUGAUGCGGAACCUUCGGAGACUGUCGGCCAGGUGAAAGAGAAGAUCUCCACGGAGAAAGGGUGGGAUGUACCUUCGCUGAAGCUCAUUUACUCUGGGAAGAUCCUUCAGGAUGACAAGACGGUUGAGUUCUACAACAUCGAGGAAAAGGGAUUUAUCGUGUGCAUGGUUUCUAAGCCCAAAACUCAGCCGUCCUCGCAAAGUCCGUCAACACCAGCUAAAUCAGUGACUUCAACUCCCGCGCCCCCUCCUGCUCCCGCUCCGUCCACAAACACAUCUACAACAGCCACCUCUGGCCCCGUUCCGGCAACCCCUUCGCCCGCUUCAUCUGGGGCUGCCCAGUCCUCUGCUAGCACUUUCAACGAUCCUUCAGCGCUGUUGACUGGCUCGCAAAGUGAAGAAGUAAUCAACCAGAUGAUGAGCAUGGGCUUUGAGCGGGAGCAAAUCAACCGUGCUAUGAGGGCGGCGUUCUUCAACCCAGACCGGGCAAUUGAAUAUCUGCUGAAUGGCAUUCCGGAAAAUAUCCAGCAGGAGCAACAACAAAGAUCAGCCGCUACCACCCCUGCCGCUCCUCAAGCCGCCGCUGCUAGCGGAGCUCCACCUGCUACCUCUGGAGAAGACGAGCCGGUCAACCUCUUUGAGGCUGCUGCUCAGGCUGGUGAAGGUCGCGGCGGCGCUGGCGGUGCGUCUGGUGGCGAACCCCAGUCACUCGACUUCUUACGCAAUCAUCCAGCUUUCCAGCAACUUCGCCAGCUAGUCCAACAGCAACCUCAGAUGCUGGAACCUAUCCUUCAGCAAGUUGGUCAGGGUAACCCCCAGAUUGCCCAGCUCAUUGGCCAAAACGAGGAAGCUUUCCUUCAAUUGUUGAGCGAAGAGGACGAUGCUGCACUUCCUCCGGGCACAACCCAGAUUCACGUUACGGAAGAGGAGCGAGACGCCAUCGAACGGCUCUGCCGACUCGGAUUUCCGCGAGACCUAGUUAUUCAAGCCUAUUUCGCCUGCGAUAAGAACGAAGAGCUCGCGGCAAACUACCUGUUUGAGAAUUCUGACGACGGUGACGAUGCAUGAAACUAUCAUCCGACUUUAGUUAAUUAUGGUGUGCCGCUACUUUUCUGUCAAUCUAUCACC